AUGUUUACUUCCACAACUAAGUCAUCUAUCCCUUACAGGAAGUAUUUUGAAUUCUUUCCACCAAAAGCAUGGUCAUUACAACGUUUUUCUGUAAUAAUUACUGAAUAUGAUGAAAAUAAAAAUAAGAGGACUAUUCAUAACACAUUCUAUAAGGCAUUGAAAGAUAUUGAAAAUGACCAAAAUUAUAUGAAAGAA